AUGGCUCAGUUUAGACCCAUUAGCUUGUGCAGCGUCAGCUACAAGAUAAUCUCUAAGGUGUUAUGCCAGAGAUUAAAGAAAGUGCUACCAUGCUUGAUAUCGGAAACCCAAUCAGCUUUUAUUGCUGGGAGACCGAUUUCAGACAACAUUAUGAUUGCUCAAGAUAUGUUCCACGCUCUGAGAACUAAACCAAGUGGACGCAGUAAAAGGAUGACCAUCAAGACAGACAUGAACAAAGCAUAUGACAUGAUGGAAUGGUCAUUUAUUGAAGCAGUCAUGCGCAAGAUGGGUUUCUCAGAAACAUGGAUCACCUGGAUAAUGCGAUGCAUUACGUCAGUGAAAUAUAAGGUGGAGUCUCGUGAAUGUGAAGAAGUAAUGAAAGUAGUCAGGAAAUAUGGUGAAUCAUCAGGUCAAUGCAUCAACUUUGAUAAAUCGUCCUUACUCUUUGGUAAGCGGAUCAAUGCAGCCACUAGACAAGAGAUUAAAGAUGCACUGAGAAUACAAAAUGAAGGCGGAAUGGGAACCUACUUAGGCAUCCCAGAGGACAUAAGUGGCUCCAAGUGUAAGCUCUUUGCAUUUCUAAAGGAUAAAUUGAUGCAUAGAGUGAAUGAAUGGACAUGCAGAUGGCUCUCAAAAGGAGGAAAUGAAGUGCUAAUUAAAUCCAUCAUGCUCGCUCUCCCGACAUACGGUCUUGAGAGGAAGAUAUUACCGAUUGAGCUCUCCACUGAGAGUAAACUCGACCAGUAUCCCAUCAUAUGUGUGGACUAG